ACCCACAACCACAACACAGCACACGUGCAACCCAUAAUAAUAAAAACAAAUGCUUAAGGAGAACGACGCCGUAUUAUCAACAGCAUUAGUAGAUUCGUUUCGGAAAAUUUUUAGAUUGCAGAGCCACCGUUUGAGCUUUUUCGUAAAAGAAAAAAGGCUUUGUUCAUACAGUAGCAAAGAAAUGGCAUGCAGUUUAAAGUUCCUUAAUCCAAUUAAACUAUCUUGCACUUCAAUCUUUAGAAGACAUCCAGUAAAUGGCAAAUUUGAGCUUAUAAGAACAUGGAUGAAGCAGUUUGAACCUAAACGAUACACUCUAUACUCAAAACUUAUACAUCAAGAUAUUCCUAAUGUACAUUUAUCAGGAAAUGCAUUAAGUUUUGGAGGAUUGCUUGGUGUAUCAUUUAUAAUUGGAUCUUUAGGCUACUAUCAGCAAGUUGCAUAUGCAAUGGAUGGGCAAGAUAUAUUGGUGGAUGAUAGAGAUUUUUCAGGUGGCUCAUCAAACGUGGGAAAAGAUUUUCCUUUGAUUUGGAUAUAUGUGAGAAAAUUAUGGCUUCCUGCUUUUUUCUUUCUCACUGUUUUGGUGAAUUGGGAUCAUCCUAUUAUACUCAUGACUAAAGUUGUGCUUUUCCUCUUUAGUACCAAGCCUAGCCCUUUAUCAGUUUAUGUAUUCGUUGAACAGUUGUGCAAGCAAUCCGUGCGUGAAAAACCCUACUUGUACUUACUAAAGUCAUUAUAUGCUAACAAAGUUGAAGUCCAAGACUGCAAACUUUUUUGCCUUGCCACAGUCGAAGUAAAAGACCAGAAGCUGACCUUAGUAGGAGUUCUUGGUGGCUGGUGGGUUUUGCCAUUUUCACAGAGAGCAUUUUCUGUGUUUUGGGACAGUGCACUUUAUUGAGAAAAAGCAGUUUUUGAUGAGCCCUAUACUUAUGCAACAUGUGACUGCAUCAACUGAUCCUUACUCAAACUGCAACUAACAGAGCAUGUGCUGAGUUUGACAUUUGCAGAGUCGAAUGAAAGAGAUUCUUUGCACAGCAGGUAUAACGUGGUAUGGCAAAAAGAAUGGUAUGCUUCAGCCACUGAAGAUUUUUUCACUUUAGACCAAAAAUAGGAAACCACAAUCUGGAAUUUUAGUUGUUAGUCUGCAAGUUACCACGUAAAAUAACGAACAGCAUUUAUAUAUGCAGUAGAAGUGGAAUGCUGCAAAAUUUUUUUUAAAUAACGUAGAAUGCUACAUUGUUGAAGAUGCUUUUUGGAGGUCCUGGUAAAUAAUCUAAGGUUGAUCUUCUCUUAGAUUUGAGAUAAAUUUUGUUGGCCUGCAGCAGCUAGUCGCUCUCUGAAUUCCUUGAAAUCUUGGACCUGAGUAGUGAAUUUAACUCCUAUUGAGGUGUGAUGAAACUUCAUUCUUUUAA